AUAUGGAAUAAAACUCAUUCAAGAAACAAACGUCACAGUGCUGUAGUUUCUUGCAACUUGGGCGAAUUGCUAUCCAGUUACCAAGAAGAUGCCUUUUGUAAGUCCAUGAAGACUUCAACAAUAUCAAGAACCAAACUCAAAAAAAAAAAAUCAAGGUUCAGUGUAGCAGGGGGGCCAACUUCUGUACAGGAAGCAAGACCGUGAAUCUUUCAACUAACGAGAUAUGGAGCAGGUGAAGGAAUCAGCGAAAGAAGAAAGAGAUGUGAUACUGAUUGCUUGUAGAGCCAUGGCUGGUGUUUCGCCUGUGGCAGUUAAUUCGCAGGCUCAGCAUCCAUUUCCAACCCCAUCACCGUUCUCUUUCUCUGUCGCCUCCACGAGGUCCCGGUGGAACACCAGACCUUCCAUUCAUCUUUCAAUUCUCUGUCUCAGUUUUUUGGGGCUUCUCUUCUCCUUUGUCUCAGCUCUUUCACUGGCUGCUGCAUCACCAGGGAAGAAAGGCGAAAAUUCAUCUAGCUUCACCAAGUACCCUGAACUAUUGUACUGCUUCAUUGUGGCCUUGUUGGCCUUCAGUUACUCAGCUUUCCAACUGUUUAAAGGUAUCUGUGAUAUUGCACAUAGAGGCAUGCUCAUCUCAGAUAAGGUCUCUGACUACCUUAGUUUCAUCCUUGACCAGGUGGUGGGUUACCUUCUUGUCUCAUCUUCUUCAAUAGCAAUUACAGUGGUUCGGCGGCUGGAAAUAACUCCAGCACUAUGGAAAGGAACUAUCAUAUCAACUAGCAUGUCCUUUGCAACUUUCCUUGUUAUGGCUACAUGUGCUCUGUUAUCUGGCUACAAGCUCUGCAAGAGAAUCAUCUGGUGACACCUCAUGAAUUGCUGGUAUAAAAAUGUUGUAUUCAUGUCUAUAUACUGUGAAACAGCUAUGCUAAUAGAUGACAUCUUGUGAUCACUAUCAUUGUAAGACCUAAGUUCCAUUUACUAAAUGAUUGUAGCUAUAAACAUAAGAUCAAUAUAUGAUUGUACUUCCAUGCAACUCCAAAGUAACUGGUUUUGGGGUUGUGAUGUGUCCUAUCCCUGUACCUUUUACCUUGUUUUAAAAAAAUUAACCCCCUUAAGUGGGUUCCCUCCCCGAUUGUGGGGCAUUUGUCCCACAUCGACUCUGUGUGUGCGUUUAAAUGGUAUAUAUGGAAUUUCAUGCAACUCUAAAGUAACUAGUUUUGGAGUUGUAAUGUGUCAUGUUCCUGUACCUUCUAUCUUGUUUCGGAAUAUAUGAUUGUACUUUGG